AUGACAUUUGAUGGAAUACAGCAGAUAAGUUCAACAGCUAUAGGUAAUGUUUUGAGAGAUGAACUUGAAAAAAGUCAGAAGCAAAACUUGAGGAAUAGUUUAGACAGAUUAACGAUCGAUAUAUUGAAGGUAAUAUAUAGAGGAGAAAGUCUAUCUGAAAAGAGAACUAAAAAGGAUUUAGUUAAGAGGUUAGCAGAUAGGGUGCUCAGUAAGGCCAAGAGUAAGGACAAGAUACCAGAUAAUACCCAGGUUGAAAAUAUAGAGGAAAUGAGAAUAGGCUUUGAUUUAGAAAAAGGUUUACAAGAUAAUGUCAGGAAUAGACCUUUUGGAAAUACUGAUAGAAUUGGAUCUAUGGAAAAAAUGAUGCAAGCUAUGAUGGGUAAAGUAAUUGGAAAGAUUAAGAAGAAUCAGUUUGAAUAUGAUGAGUGGUAUAAAGUUAGAAAGUAUUUAGAUAAUGCUCUUUCAACAGAAAUUAGAGAAUUAUUAAUAGAUAAUCUCAUAGAAGCACUCUUUCAUGAUAAGUUAGCUAGUGCAAGACAAACAGCUAAAAAUCCAGUUCUAGAGCUGAAGGAAAUAAAAGAAGUUGACUACACUCAGAGUAUAGAUAUGCCCCAAAAAGAGAUGAGACAGAGGAAGGAAAAAGUAGUAGAAAGAGUUUAUCUAGAGGCAUCAGUGAG